CGCACCACAAUGAGUCCUCCGCACAGUUUCGCAAUCCGCGACCUGCUGCCCGAGGCCUCGUCCCGCUCGCCCAGCCCUUCCGACACCGAGCUCGACGUCACGGGCACCGAAACGCCGCCGCCCGGAUCCUCGCAAGUGAACGAUGAUAAGAAAAAGAGCGAGAAACCCGCUUACAGCUACAACGCUCUCAUCAUGAUGGCCAUCCGCAGCAGCCCCGAGAAACGACUCACGCUGAACGGCAUUUACGAGUACAUCAUGAAGAACUUCCCUUACUACAAAGAGAACAAGCAGGGCUGGCAGAAUUCGAUUCGCCACAACUUGAGUUUGAAUAAGUGUUUCGUGAAAGUGCCGCGGCAUUACGACGACCCCGGUAAAGGCAACUACUGGAUGCUGGACCCGUCGUCAGACGACGUGUUCAUUGGUGGUACGACGGGAAAACUGCGGCGACGGUCGACGGCGGCGUCGCGGUCGCGGUUGGCCGCUUUCAAAAGGGGCGCGAUGCUGCAUCCGAUGUUCGGGAACCCGUACGCGUCACUGGUAGGGUUGUAUCCCCCGUUGCUGUCAGUGUAUGGAAGGUACGCGUUACCGAGUCCUUUAUUGCGGUUGCCCCCACCGCCUCCGAAUCCGUACCACCAGCUGUAUCGGCGGAUCCAAGGGCUGACGCCGCCGCUGAGCCCGCCGGGGCCCGAGCCCAGCUCGCCCGUGAUGAAACACAGUUGAUGGACUGGUUGUUGACUAAGAAUCUGAAGGUAUCGCGGAUGAGCCGUAAAAAAGCGGCCCGCGAUUUGUUACAGACUGUGAUAGGAACGAACGAUUGAGUGUAUUAUAAUCGAAUUCGUAUUUGUAAAAAGUGGUAUUGCUAUUUAUUAUUAAAACUUAAGAUUAUAUUUAAUGAUUUUAAUUUAAAAUUAAGAGGCUUAAGUUUAUUGAACGCAAUAAAAGAAGUUUCAAACA